AAGAUGGACAACAAGAAACCACCCACACUUUUAGAUCUGGCUAUACAUUGUCUUCUGAAUAAUGAGCCUAUAGCAAUUCAAGCUCUCCAGGAGAUCCCUAGGGAGCUUUUUGUUCCAUUGUUCUCUGCUACUUUCAUGGGAAGGCGUAAGAAUAUACUGACAGCAAUGGUGAAGGUUUGGCCCUUUAGUUGUCUCCACAUCGGAACAUUGAGUGUGCGGGAAGCUCAUCGUGAUCUUCUGAAAGCCAUGGUUGAGAGUCUUCAAUUUCUACCUGUCCAUAACUCAGCUUCUAGGAGCCCUAAACUGAGGAUCCUAGAUUUGAGGCAGGAUGCUGGCUGCAAGACCAUCUGCCCCGAUAUCAGUAUUAAGUCCCCUGCUUGUUUUUACGCUUGUGCUUACUCUGAGCACUCUAUCAUGAAAAUCGAAGCCCAGCCUAGUGUUGCAAGUUCAGAACCUGAGGUUCAGUCCUCCAAGAAGGCAAUGGAAUUAGUAGUGAACCUUUCCCUGGAUGGCACCUUAAGGGAGAGGGAAUUUUUGUGUCUGCUUCUGAAUAAAGUGCAGCAGAGCUCAGGCUCUUUGCAUCUGUGCUGCCGAGAUUUGCAAAUAGAUAAAUUGUAUGAUUGCAGAGACACCCUAAAUCAUCUUGAUCUGAAAUGUAUUGAUCACCUAGCAGUUGAUGAGGCUUCUCUGGGUGAGGUCACCAACCUUCUGGCUCAGGUGGUCCAUCUGGACAGACUUUGUCUUUCGAAAAUCACUUGUAGAUCUUUGAACGGGAAAACAUUCCAAAAUUUUCUGUCUCAGCUUAGGCGAAUGGACCGCCUCAAUGAGCUCAAUUUGUCUUCUUUUUGCCUCACGGAUCAUCUUGAAAGUGUCCUCAGAGUCCUACCAGCUUGUUUGGAUUUCUUACAUCUGCCAUUUUGUGGACUUUCUUACAGCGACUUCAAGUUUCUGUCUGAGUGCCCUCAAGCCAACCAUUUAAAGCUGCUGAAUAUCAGCAACAAUCCAAUGUACUGGGAAGAUUGUGAGCCCUUUUAUAACCUCUUGCAGAAUAUCUCUGACACCUUGCAGCAUCUGGCAAUUAAUCAUUGCCUUUUUACAAUCUCCGUUCUCAUCCCAGCACUAAGUCGCUGUUCCCAUCUCCGAGUGCUCAGCUUUUCCUCCAACCCAAUCACUAUGCCUAUGCUCAUGAGAAUUCUUGAGUACUUAACACCCUUGAUGCAGCUUAAAUACGUGAUUUAUCCUAUCCCGGUGCAUUGCUAUGGGAGAUGGCAUUUUCAGGGCAGUUUAGAUCGACAGAAGCUUGCUGAUGUGCAGGAAUACUUGAAAAUAAUGCUACAAGAGGCAGACAGGGACGACAUGAAUUGGAUUACUUACUCCAAUUAA